GCGAGCAAACUCCCCGCACUGAUGGACCAGAGCCCUGACAAACCCCGCUGCCUGUGUUGCGUCCAUCGCAUCAGCUUCACUCUAACUAAGCCCCUAACACCAGCUAGCCAAAUCCCUCGCAAACCCCACUAACCAGAUUCUAUAAGGCUCAGAGUAUCUACUCCACGCUGUACAAACUUGUUGACCCCACACCUCCUUCGCUACUCUCACCUUUCACUACCCCCUCGCCAACAUGGAUACGCACGAAAUUCCUCUAUUUGGUGGUAUCCUUCCGUUGGAGAUUGUCGAAAAGAUCGUCUCCUAUCUACCACUUUCCACAGUCGCCGAUGUGAUGAACCCGGAGAAUGCGAGUCUCGCUUUGGUGGCUCGGAGACGCUACUACUCGAAAAUUGAAUUGAUGUUCUGCGAACUGCCAUCCGAAUAUAAUUCAUAUAUAUAUAUAAUGAUGCCCUCACUAUGGCUAUCUCUGAAUUUGAAGCUUUGGUAAACAGCGAUACGUUUGACCAGCUUUGCAUUAAGAAGCUCUUGAUAGAGGUAGAUACAGAAAUUGGUGAAAACGUCGAUGAGUUUACAUUCCUCCACGAACAAGUGUUCACCAAAGUGUCUUCAGUUGUUUCCAAUGUUGUUCUAGAGUUUGUAACGAAUUCUGAAUACUAUACGGUAUUUAGCUGGGGCUGGUUGCCGU